UAGUGUUAGUGAUAUAUGUGACACUUUCCUAUAUACCCAUAGAUACAAGAUAUAAAAGACAAAAAGUCAUCUCGAACCAAAAAAAAUCUAGGCCAGAAUAAGGAUUUUUCCCUGCAAGGAUCAUCAGACCCUCCAUUUACCUUUUGUGUAUCGCGCUCUGAGAGUAACCGGCUGGUCCUGUCCUAUGAUCGGGCAUAGUGUGAUAAAAACCGUGUGGAAAUUGGGAGAUUUUUCCUGAGCGCGGUGAAAACUCCUAAUUUUUAAUCAUAUUCAAGGAAGAUACAUGAGUUCUGGCUGCAGGAAUUAGGAAAAGAUUGUUUCAUCUAUGCAUCUAAUGUCACGAGUUGGGUACUUUGGUAUAACGCUGCUGCUUCCCCGGCCCAGUUGACGGUGUAUUUGGAUUAGAUUCGGAAUCUUUCGUUGUUUUUUUUUUUUUUUUGGAAACCUGGUUGUUUGCUGGUCCAGUAGGUGCAAUUUUAGGGAUACGUGGAUUCGAGUGUUGUUUGUUGGUGCUAUGUUGCGUCCGUUGCUGGUUAAAACUUUGGCAUAAAUUUCCUGUGAAAUGGUUGAAAGGUAUUUUGUAAUAUUGUGGCGUUAAUUGUAUGCUGUAAGGAGUCACCCCUACGUCAAAAAGUCAAUAACAUUGUAAGCCUGCGCUCCUUGUGACGGGAGGUGCAGAUGCUAAGGAGUGGAUAUACGAUAAGGGUGGAGGUAGGAGGAUCAUCACAAAGGACGUAGGGGCUGUGUUCCGAGAGAGUCUUCCUGCUCAGACAAUUCUAUUCGAUACGAAUCAUGACUGAAAUACUCAUACAACUGUUGGUCUAGUAAAAGGAUGUGAAGCUUAAGGAAUAGUGUGGAUAUUUUGACGGUUCCUUCGGCGUUGCGGGUAGUUCUCCCAGUUGAUUUCCAUCUUAACUUCUGGAGAUUGCUCGGUUUUCAUUGUAAAGUAGACAACUCGGGAGGAGCCAUAGUUUUUCAAUCCGAAUCCUAAAGAGAGAAGGGAAACGACAUCCGAAGAAAAUAAGGACACGACCGAGAGGUAGUCGUUGAAGGGCGACUUAAAAAACGCGACUUUCGUUCCGAGAAUUGUGUCCUUUGCAUAUAUUCAGCUGUAGUUUUGAAAGCUUUGAAAAGUUGGGACAAGGACUCGAUGAUUUCCGCAAUAUACGCCAAAUACAUCAUGUAUAUCUCUAGUAAUGAGUUCUCCAUGCACGUCGAUAAAUAAAGGAUUACUGAAAACGGGGAAAAACAAAAGAUAUCGAAUUCUAGUGAAGUGUCAACGACCAUCCCGUGUUCGUAACAGGAGAGGGUGAUGAAUUCUUUGCAGUGAUACUACCAGGCUGACAGCGUAUAGCCUUUUUAUUUUACUAAAUGUUCAACUCAUAGUUUCUGUGAAAGGAUAAUCAACGCAAAAAAAAUACAAAAAAACAACAAAAAACACCAAACUCAAAGCAAUGACGUCGACCGGUGAAAAUAGCUCUUCGCCAAUUGAUGGUAUUUACGGUUCAUCGACACUAGAUCGAAACGAUCCUUUUCCAAUGGAAGGGAAUGGCACAACAAAAUUCAUCGGCGGAACUGGUAUAAAUAAAUUCGAUUUUCAUACGAUAAAAGCAGCGAAUGUUGCCAAUUCUAAGCGCUCAAAUCGUUACGAGCUCUCCAAGAAUGAACUCAUUCACAUGCUGUGUUAUCUUGAGGGCGAACUUCAAGCACGCGAUGUUGUCAUUGCUGCUCUGCGAAACGAACGUGUGAAGCAAUAUAUCCACUCCUUACGGGCAAAUCGUACCAACUUAGAUGAUCCGCAAGCAGCUCUCUUCCGUGAUAAAGCUGCGAUAUCUGGGAACCAUAUAAGUCGACAAUCUUCAGCAACCGCCAUACAAGCCGACUUCGAGGUUCGUAGCGUAAUCGAACAGCAAAUUGAGUCCUUACAUCAGGUAAUCACCAGGCAGCGUCAAACACAAUCGCGGAUGAUAGCCUUUUUAUCGGACUCCUUAGAAAAUAAUCAGCGAAUGCGCCAGGAACUGGAGGAGGAGAAAAGGAAACAUGAACAUGACACCGCUCAAGGGGAUGAUAUCACAUAUGGACUGGAGAUGGAAAGGACUAAACUCAAGCAAGAGCUUGAAACUGAACGGGCUGCUCGGAAAAAACUCGAGAAGGAUCUGAAAAAAGCCCAGGAACUUCUGGAAUUCGAGCGUGGCCGACAAAAGCAAAUCGUCCUUUUACUCCUGGCCGAACGUAAAAAGAUUAUUAUGAAAUAUAUCGAGGAGAGGAAGCGAUCUGAAGAUCUGGCCCAGAUACUUAGCGAGGAGAAACAACGAUCAGACUCCAUAGCCGAAGGACUUGAGGAGGAAAGUAAAAAGUCCUUAAGAAUGGAAGCCGAACUAGAGAAGCAAACAUUGGCCAUUGAAAACGAGCGAAAAACAUGGAAGAUCAACUUUGCAAAAGAGGAGAAGCGAAUGAAAGAUUUGGAAUUAGAAUUAGCACAAUUGCGCAACGAAAAUGAAACAUUCCGAAAGCAAAUCACAUUGCGAAUGGGCGGUGCUAGUCCAAUGAUUGUAGGUGCUGCCGCGGGAACACUAUCGAAUAAAACUCGUGGAAGUGCCGCUGCGACUACCGGCAUACCAGAUGACGUAGCAACAGCCGCUGUCGCUUCAUCAUCUAUAAUGAACGUCGCCAAAAUAAUUCAGCCCACAGCCACGGUCUCCAGUGUGCCAGUCUCAGGUCCAACUACAGGAAUUGCCCGUUCGAUAUCUCCUGGCCAGUGUUUAAGGCAACAAGCACUUGGCGGAAGCAACGACCUGAUUUUAGGAAGUCCCGCUGGCAUUGGACAUACAUCAGUUGCCACCUUUAAUACAACCCUUGGAAAGACUGUCGUCGGACCGGCUUUACCAUCGACGCCAACCGCAGAAACCCUUACAAAACUAACCCAUUGUCCAAGUGGCGGCCCAUCUGGACUAGUGUCAACGCCAAACCUUCCCUGUUCAUCGCCCAUGACAGCAGGAUCAAGUACUGGAGGAGUGACAUCCCUAACUCAACCAUCCCAAUCGGCUACAUUCCUGCGUGGGACGACAAAUGCAACAUCACCAUCGCCAUCAGCAUCCUUGGUUGGUGCAACCUUAUCACCAGCCGGAGGUACCCUGAUAAAUCCUGGUGCAAGUGUCGGACGUGGUAUGCCACCUCCAAUUCCACCGAAUAAACCGACAGUUCCACCAAAACGUGAACCCUCGAUUUCGCGGAUUUCUAGCACGGCUAGUGGCAUGACUAGCAGUAGUAAUAGUAGUAGUAGCAAUUUAGCCGGUGCCACCAUUCCUGUAGUAGGAUCUGCUGUUGCAAUUAAUCAACCAUCGGUCGGUGGAACUGCCGCAGCUGUCACACCAAUUUUAACCAACAGUAAUUCAACAGUUCCAUCAAGUGUCACCAAUUCAACACCAUAAAUCUGUAGAAGGCGAAUGGAAAAAAAAAUGGAGCCAGAGACAGAAUAAAUAAUAUUUCAGGUUACAAUGUAGAGAACAAUUUUACUUUGCGUAGAACUUCGUCUCAGAGAUGGAAAUACCUAAAGGAGUAAAGAACUGAUACUAGAUUUAUUAUUAUAUAUAAUGCGAGAAUAAAAGGAAGCGAAAGUGUAUUUCAACAA